AUGCGCACUUCCCUCCGGCUCCUCCAGGAAGCUGUUGCCGCUACGCGUGCCGCCAACCCCAGCGUGGUUCGGGACACUUUCAGGCGGAGUACGCGGAUGUCGUCUGCGGACGCUGCCGGGCGGCCCGAGAUGGACACCAAGUACGUCGUCGUCGAGGUGCCGUACACCGCACUGCCGACCGACGUGCACCGCGCACUCAGGGAGGUUGGCGCUGUCCCAAAGAAAUUCCCUUUGAGCGCCGUCGUUCACGAGCCCGUUGGCGGGACGCGCAAGGCCUCCUUGAUGACCCGGUACCACCUGACAGCGCCGGACAGCAAGAGUGGCGAGACCAUGUACAACGUGCUCAUGUCACGGCCGCUCUUUGCUGCCGGGAGUGCGCGCGCUUCUGCGCAGCCGGGACGCCCGGCGUUUGGCGCCAACGGACUCAAGAACGAGGCGCGUGUCGUCUACACCUCGCGCGACGCUUUCGGGUGGGUCGACGGUAUCCUCCGGAUGGUCUCGCGCAAUCAGAAGCCGGACUGGCAAGCUUCGCAGCAGGCGGCUCAGGCUCAGCGCCUCGGCCAACUGCCGGACGCCGAAUGGGCACUUGCGCCUAACAUGAGCGGCCGGCGCGUGCUCCUCCGCGGCCUGCCGCGUGAGCGUCCCAUCGAACUUGUUCGCGACUUUCUCCGCGAGGUCGGCGUCGAGGUCGACCGCGAGGGCAUCAAGCGCCUCGUCAAUGCCCAGCUUGGCAGCCGUUCGGCGCUCGUCGUCACGUGCAAGUCGGUCGCGGACGCACACUACCUUGCACGCCGUACCAACAAGGCGCCCUACCUCAAGGGCGUCAUGGGAUACGAGUACAUGAUGCGCUCACACGUCGUCUGGUAG